UGAAGGGAGGAUCAUGCACUAAAGAGACGGGGAGAUGAGGUGCAGUGGGUCAGAAGUCGUGUUUUGAUUUUUCUGCCUGAGAGUAUUGAGUCAACAUCUCGAGAGGUGUGCGGCGAAGAAGUGAUGCAGUGCACAGUUGGACGUACUGGAGGACCCUGAUGAGAUGGAUCGCUGAGAGACUGAGAGACCCAUUGGCUCACUUCUCCUAGGGCAUGCUUCUCGUGUCUAUGUCAGAGCACCGUCCUCCUCACACCAAUGACAUCAUCAGCCAGCUGCUGGACAUGCUUGACCAGUCUGCCGCUUGCUCAGAGCAGCCCAACGAUUUCAGUUGCUCAGAGGGUCUGGAGGACUGUGCUGUGGGAAACACCAUACAGAUCAGCAUGGGCUGUGAACCCCCAAGUCCCACAGACAGCCCCUACUGUCCACAGUACACAAACCUGGGGCUCCUAAACAGUAUGGACCAGCAGAUCCAGAAUGGGGGCUCCACGUCUACGAGCCCAUACAACAAUGAGCACGCUCAGAACAGCGUUACGACCGCCUCGCCCUACGCCCAGCCCAGCUCCACCUUCGACGCCCUCUCCCCAUCGCCCGCCAUCCCCUCCAACACCGACUACGCAGGCCCCCACACCUUCGACGUGUCCUUCCAGCAGUCCAGCACCGCCAAGUCCGCCACCUGGACGUACUCGACAGACCUGAAGAAACUGUAUUGUCAGAUUGCCAAAACUUGUCCAAUCCAAGUCAAGGUUCUGACCAACCCGCCCCAGGGGGCCGUCAUCAGGGCCAUGCCCGUCUACAAAAAGGCUGAGCAUGUCACUGAGGUAGUGAAACGCUGCCCCAACCACGAGCUCAGCCGCGAGUUCAACGAAGGCCAGAUAGCACCUCCUAGUCAUCUGAUCCGAGUGGAGGGAAACAGCCACGCCCAAUACGUUGAGGACUCGAUUACGGGCCGCCAAAGUGUGCUGGUGCCGUAUGAGCCCCCCCAGGUGGGCACAGAGUUCACCACCAUCCUCUACAACUUCAUGUGCAACUCCAGCUGUGUUGGAGGCAUGAACCGGCGCCCCAUCCUCAUCAUCGUUACCCUGGAAACCAGAGACGGUCAGGUCCUGGGACGGCGCUGUUUUGAGGCCCGGAUCUGUGCCUGUCCUGGCCGGGAUCGCAAGGCUGAUGAAGACGGCAUUCGCAAGCAGCACGUGACAGAUGGAACAAAGACCAAUGAUGGGUUUCGCCAGACGUCACAUGGGAUCCCGCUGUCCUCCAUCAAGAAGAGAAGGGCCACAGAUGAGGAGGUGUUCUGUCUGGCUAUUAAAGGUCGUGAGACCUAUGAAUUUCUGGUGAAGAUUAAAGAGUCUCUGGAACUGGUACAGUUUGUGCCUCAGCAUACCGUCGACUCAUACAGACAACAGCAACAGACGCUGCUACCAAAACCGAGCUCUGUGCCUUCCCAGCCCUCGUUCGGCUCCAGCUCACCCCCUCACGGCAAGGUGAACAAACUGCCGUCCGUCAGCCAGCUGAUGAACCCCCAGCAGCGCAAUUCCCUCACCCCCUCCAGCAUGGCUGGAGGCCUCACAGACUUGUCCAUGAUGGGCAGCCACAUUCCCAUGGGAACAGACAUGGGUGCUCUAAGCCCCACCCACACCCUGCAGCAGCAGUUACCCAUGGUGCCCUCCUCCCACUGCACGCCACCACCACCGUACCCUAUCGACAGCAGCAUCUCCAGUUUCCUUCUGAGGUUGGGCUGCUCCUCCUGUCUGGAUUACUUCACUGCCCAAGGCCUGUCCAACAUCUACCAGAUUGAGAACUACAACAUGGAGGACCUCUCCCGCCUCAAGAUCCCGGCGGAGUUCCAGCAUGUGAUAUGGAAGGGGAUCCUGGACCACAGGCAGGCCAUGGACUUCUCGUCCCCGUCGCACAUCCUGCGGGCCGCGGGCGGGCCCCCGGGCGUGGGCGUGGGCCCCUCGGAGGCCCGGGGUGAGCGCGUCAUCGACGCCGUGCGCUUCACCCUGCGCCAGACCAUCUCCUUCCCCCCGCGCGACGACUGGAGCGACUUCUCCUUCGACGUGGACUCCCGCCGCAACAAGCAGCAGCGAAUCAAGGAGGAGGGCGAGUGAGGAGGCCACGCCCCCUGCUCUUGCUCCUCCCACCCAAUCUAAAACUGUGACAUGUCCCUGUUUACUGCCACCUCCUUUGCGCUCCAUUCUCCAGUUUACUACAAAGAGACUCUGAAAAUACGCACUUAUUUGCUUCUUUUUAUGUACUUUCAUCAUGGUGCAACUUAUGGCAAGGCUUUACUUAUAUCAAGCUGGGUAAGAGGUAGAGGGUGCCUUUCAGCUCAUUGUCUGUUUCAGGAUGCUUUCGUAUUUAACCUAUGCUGCAGUAGAUGGAGCACUUAACAACUGCUAAACGAUUUGUUGUUGCUUUGAGCGGAUCCAGUGCCUGCCCCUUCUUGCGUGUAGUUCAGUUGCAAGAGGGUUUACUUUCCUUGGGUGUUGUAAUAUUGCAAAAGGUCAUAACUUUUUUUUUUUUUUAGAAGGAACUCAAAAUGCUGUUCAGCACCACCUCUAGCUUUGUACUGUUGUAUAAAUCUGAGCUUUUGUGUUAUGAUGAAAUUCUUCAACAUUAUUACCAGCCAAAAUAGUGUUAUUCAGUCUUUGAUAUUGAGGUGGUUUUCAGCUAAAAGUUAAAAAGUGUAAAAGUUACCAUGCAAAAGUAACUUUGCCGCAGCAAUGUGUUAUUACCAUGUGAAUUGAUACAAUUUUUUUAAUUUUGCCAUAUUGUGGAAUGUUCAUAGUAUUCAAUUUGUCUCAUUAAGUGAUACGGACGCCUGGCCAAUGGAACUUCCUGCCUGGUCCCCACAGGUUUCAAUUAUAUUACUGUUCAUGUUUUGUUCUAUUGAAAUACCACAUACAUUUUCCACCAGAUUACAGAAACCUCAGAUAAGAUUACCUUCCCCUCUUUGUGGAUAUUAGCACCUGCAUUCAGCCACACUUUAUGCAACCCUUUGUUGGUUAAAAAUGUGGCUUUUAAUGGAGGGGAAGUUACAUCAUCUGUCUUUCAGAUUUUCAGUCACGCAACAUGAUUCUCAGACCAGGAACCCUGGGUAUCCCAGUCUGAUGAUGAACUUUCUUGAAAAACGGUGAAUUUUGGGAACUUCAUUUUCUGUCUUGUCUGUCUAGAAUAUCUCAUUUGUGUAUACAUUUUUUUUUGUACAAAAUUGAGUUUGCUAUGGAGAGGGGUUUUCUAGUUUACUAGGCCAUUUCAAGAAGCAUUUGUUUGUCCUUGUGCAUUAUUUAGGACUGUGUAAAGCCAAGCAGUGUUCCAUUUUGUCUGUAACGUUUCAGAAUAGAAAUCCUAGUACUUAGGAUGUAUAUAUUUCUUCCUAUUCAAAGGUCAUGUAUUGGUCUGAAAUGUUGAAACUGGUCAUUUUGUAAUUUCACUUUUUGAUGGAAAAGACCAUCCAAUAUAACUGUCUAAAACUUUUUUUUUAAUUGUGUCAGAUUAAUUUCACUGCAUUAUUGUUUUGCUUAAUGAAUGGAAAUAGGAUGUAUAUGUUGCCACUGCCAGUUGGACAAAUGAGGAAAUACCAUUUUAAAGUGUACAAGGAGAACAGAAGUUUCAGAUCAUGCAUAUUGUUCUUACAUGAUACUGUAUGUAAUAUCAGUUUAUGCUACAGCAUUGAAAGUCCUCAAUUUCAAUUUAGGGUACUAGUAGCUUCAUAUGUAUAAUAUAUUUGGGCAGUAUUUUUUUUUAGCAAUGUCAGGUUCAGAAUGAUAGAGAAUUGCAUAUGUUUAUCAAGAGAUUCACAUCUGAAGAACAUACUAAACUUGUAAGGGUAUUACAAACAAAGUGGACAAAGAACAUGCUGUUGACUUUUUUAGAAUGGUGUCUAUAUUAACCAUAUCUGCUUCUGAAAGAGCGAGUCAAAACCCAUGAUGGCUCAAUAUGCCAGAGAUUCAUUUGAAAUACAUUUUUUUAUUCUUUAUUUUUGUUUUGUAUUUGUAUUUUCACAAAGGAGAUACUAUUUGUCAUUUUGUACAAUUUGUUGUAUAUAUGUUGCAAGUGAAAGAUGUAUAAACUUUUCUCCUUAUUUUGAUAUAUGCAAAAUUCAAAAAAAUAAAAAUAAAAGUGAAUUGUC